AUUUACUAGCAUCUGGAAGCUCUUGACGAUCAACUCUAUUUAUCUUGAUUUUCUCCCUAAUUUCGCUGCGCUCUUUAAAAGAUCUAGAGCUGUUCAAUAUGGGAGACUUUAAAGAUUUCGACACUGUUUUCUCCUUCGAUCCGACCUACGCUUAUGAUCACAAAGUCAUUGAUACUAUCCUUUCCAACCGGCGCACAUUAGAAAAUGAGCUCCUGUUCGAUAAACUCUUGCGCUUGUUACAUAUUAACCAGGCUUCCAAGCUUUAUCCCCCUCGUUCGAAUCAAGACCUAAGGUCUUUGCAUCACAAGAUUGUCUCCAGCGCAGCACCUGAUCACCACAAACUAUCUCUACUAUACUACAUUCUCAAAGAUGUCAAGACUCCGGAAAGCCUCACGACACGUUUCUCUGCAAAAUUCCACGUCCCGGCGAAAUACGAGACGGUCAUGGAAGGAUUAUGGCACAUGGAUCGCAUGCAGUUUGAGCGAGCGCUUGGAUACUUGACCCAGCCUUCCCUCGCUCCCACGUUUCCCGAAGAGAUUCUUCAUACCCUCAUCCGUCAUGGCACGCAGGUCGAUAGGAGCUUGCCCCUCGUAUACUUCCACACAGUAUCGCCGGCCGUUACCAACCCGAAGGUCCUUGAAGCAUUCUUUUCGUAUCUAUCCCAGUGUAGCGUCACAGAGGCAUUUUACUUUGCGCGUGGUCAGCCGGAGAAUAUUCACCGCCAUUUGCUGGAGCAAUUGGCUUCCCUGGUCCUUUCGAAGCAGUCUGGCGAAGAACGCGCGACAAGAGCGACGGAAUUUGUGGAUUUGCCUCUUAGCGACGAGGAAGAAUCGUGGAUCGAGGAAUAUCUCCACGAAGGAAAGGGUAAAACGCUGCAUGGCGCCAGGGAUACCGUAAUGGCAAGGAAGAUCAGCACUGGCAAGUUCAAUGAAGCGCUCUUGAACGGCAAGAUAUUAAGCGGUAGAUUGUUUGAUGGCAUCAACUGGGAGAACCUCAAGGCUGGAGUCAAUUUGGGGUUAGGGCCACGGAAGGACGACAGGGCUGCCAUCCAAUAGCAAAAAAUGGGGCGUUUUACUUUAUGUGGGAUGAAUUGCAUAGCGUCAAAGGCGUUUGGUGGUUGGCUUUCUUUGUUUAACAAAUCAGAUGCUCAGAACUUGAACCUGAGGAUGCAUCUUGGUCUUGCAGAAUCGCAUGCAUAUACCUUGCUGGACAAUGUAACAUUAGAUACAAUGAUCAUAAACAUAGUAAGAAAUGGC